ACUUUUCAGUGUAUAAAUUUAACAUUUGAAAAUGGACACAUGGUUUUGGGAUUUAGUUUGCACAUUUAAGCGAUUCGUUAUCAGCAAGUUUUGGUUACAUAAUCCGCAUUAACUGAAUAUUUCAAGUUGAAUUUGAAGUGCAAUUUUAUUCUUAUGGAACAAGAUACGGAUUAUGGUAAUGACUGGUUUUAAGACGAGAGAAAACCAGAAGUAGACGGGUUUAGGGAAACAUGGCAGAAAGAGUUGUACGAAAUGUGGAGAGCGAUUAUUUAAUGUGCAGUAUAUGCCUGGGUCGGUACAAGGAUCCGCGGCUCCUACCUUGUGGUCACAGCUUCUGUAAACAAUGUUUAGAGGAACACAUUAAACAAACUGUUACAGACCCGACGGCUUUGUAUUUUAAGUGCCCAAAUGAUCGAACUCAGGUCGGCAGACCGUCGCCAGGUCUUGCUCAUAAACACUGGGCCGCGGCAUUUCCGCCGGAUACAUUUCUUGGAAGUUUGUUGAGUGCAGUGCUUCUCCACGCGACCUCGGAUAAAUCAGAGAUGGGCAGUAUGACAUGUAAGGACCAUAAAAGUAGACUGAAAGAGUUCUUCUGCUUGAAAUGCGCAGUUACAGCUUGUGCACUCUGUGUUGUCAAAAGUCACAAAGGAAGCCGAUGUGAGUGUGUUGGUAUAGAUGAGGCUGUCGAACAUUUUCGACCAAAAAUGGACAAACUUAGAAACACAUUACAAAAACAAGUACAAUUUGCCAAACAAUAUCAGUACGGGGAAAAUUCGGGUCAUAAUUCUCUACAAAGUUGUAAAGAAAUGGCUUUGUCGGAACUAACUGAUCUCGAGACAAAGUUGAAAUUUUAUUUCCAGACGGCGAUGCAGCAGAUUGACGAUAUGAAAGCUACGAUAAAAAACGCGGGAAAGUCUGCAGUCAAAGACAACUCACAGUCUUCUGUUAUUGUCGGCAAAAUAAAUGAAACAAUCGGAAAAUUUGAUGAAGUCUGCAACAGUGGGACGGGUAUUGAAAUUUUGAACAGCAUUUCAAAAAUAGAAGGGCAAGUAAAACAGUAUGAUAUCGCGCUAAAGGCACUUUCAACAAAAUUACCGGCCAUGGACGUUCAUUUCGCGGUCAACGAAGAGACGGAAAGAAUUUUUGAAAAUCCUCCUGUUCUUGGGUCUGUAGUUAUACAGAGCUUGAAUCCUUAUGAAAUUGGAACUAGCAGGCAAGUGGGCUCUGAAACAAAUAGCCAAAUAUUUCUUGGGACUCCCAGAGAAGUUCCAAGGCUAUCGUUAAACUCUGCAAGAACGUCAAGAUCAUUGAGUCUUCCGGCCUCUACACCGAGAUCUGAACCAGGGACGGCCAGAUCGGAUCUGACGCCGCGUCGGGCAAGAGUAACAUUUAACGUGAAGCCGGCCGACCGCACUAACACGUGCUGGCAGUUGACGGGAGUUGCCAUUAUAGAAGAUAGUAUUGUUUUAACUGAUGCUCACAACGGCCAAGUUUUCAGAUUCUACAUACGAAAUGCAAAUGCACCACCAGAUCAGCUAACGCUGAACUGCCCGGUGUGCUUGUGCCAAGCCCACGAUAGUACCGAUGCAGUUGUCACUCUUCCGGAACAAUGUCAACUUGCGUUUGUUGGAACCGAAGAAAGUCUUUUGCUAAUGGAUACUGUAACUACCGAUAAACCGUACGAAGGUAUCGCAAAACUUCCCGACGGUAAAUUUGUGGUUUCAUGUUGCGUCGUCGGCAAACAAGCCGUUGACAUUAUAGACACAAGAGCGCUCAUUUUGAAAACUAUACAUAAAACGGAUUCUGGCGAAGAUUUGUUCAGUUGGCCUAGAUUUUUAUCCACGACUUCCGCUGGCGAAAUUCUUGUGUCGGACCGAGAUAAGCGCGCACUUCUUUGCAUGGAUACGCAGGGAAGAGUUAAAUGGGCAUAUCCGACUAAUGCGUCACCGUGGGGCGUGUCUUACCAUCAGAAUGGGGAGGUCUACCUAUGUCUGGACAAUAAUCAAGUACAAGUUCUGACGGAAGCCGGACGAUUAGUCGAUAAUAAGUUUGUCACUGCACGAGAUGGAGUCAAAGUGCCAUAUGCAAUUCAUGCUGUCGGUGACAACAUAGCAGUUACUGAAUGGGGCUCGAGUCUGUUUACACCCAACAGCCCAAGAGUACACCUUUUCGCAGUAUAGAUAAACGUAGAAUAUACUGUAAGCUUUUGGUAUUUUAUGUUUAGUCUCUGGUUGUGUAUUUGUCCGUCACGUGUGGGUGCUAGUGUUGGCGAUGCUAAAUUAAUGUACAUUUCUAUUACAUUUUGCAAUCAUCUGUAGUUACUCUGUAGGCGGUCGUGAUUUGGAUGUACAAACGCGAUAAGAGAGCUACGGAAAGAGGAAUCGUAUGCUUUGUUCUAAACGCCUUCGUCCAUUUUUAUUGAACAAAUAAAAUUUCAGAUACUAGUA